GUAAAGAGAACGGCCGUCGCCGUCGGUAAACGUCAAAAUUGCCUUGACUCAGCCAAAGUGCGAUUUCCAACUUUUCCGCGACAGCAUAGAAUUUUACGGGAAAACAGAGAAAAAAAUAUCGGCGAUUCUGUGGCCUAGACAGUGGUAUCCCGGGUAAAGCUAGUUGUCGCAAGUGCCCUGCCGGUUGUGAAACAGGCCGUAGGAAAUUAUACCAACAAAAGCCAGCCGGAAGUGGCUAAUAGGCGAUGGCCUCGAAGUACGAAAUGUGAAAGUUUUCGUUUUUCUCGCUAGUUUAAAAAAGGAAGAAAAAUAUCUUAUUCUGAGUGCUCUAGAAGGCUUGUGAAAAUAGUAUACCGGUUGAAGGUGUUUUCGUGCUAUCGGUCUCAGCAAUUUCAACACCGUUGUCGGUGUCUUUUUUCCGGAAGGUUCGUAAGACCUUGACAGCCAGAAUGUCGGUAGUUCGAACCAAAGUUCUCGGUUUGGUGGACGUAAUCAUGCGGGUUCCCAGCCUGUUCAUCAUUGAUGAAAUCCUCAAGAUCAGCAUGGGACUUCCGAAUACGUCAUCUUCCGCUUCGAACGGAACGACUGCAGCGGAUCCAUCGCCCGCUUCGGGCGUCGUGCCAGAGUCGCUAGUCAACAUGACUGUCAAUGCUACCAUGAAGGUAGCCACAGCGACAGCCGAUAUGCUGGGAGCAACCGCCGGAAUCGGACCGGAUCACGGUUCCAUCAAGGACAACAUCGAGUUUUACAAGUUCGUAUCGAUGACGACGCUCAAAUUUCUGCUGUGCUUUUUGGGUUGCCUGAGCGCAGCGUGUGUCUUCAUGCUGUGGACACGCCACUUAGUCAUAGUGUACAUGUACAUCAUCUCGGUGGGUCUGAUAUUCCUGUCCUACUGGAGCAACGUAUCCGCCCUGUCGGUAAUAUCGGACGGUCCCAGCCUGCUGGAGGACUUUCUAUCGCUCAACAUGGAACGGUUGCUCGAUCCCGGGGGUGUAGCCUUAUCCAUACUGCCCCACCUGUUAGCCCAGUGGCUGAUGGGGGUCAUCUUCGCAUACAUCCAUCUGGGACCAAAAUACAAAAUCAUCCAGAAAGCGCUGCCAUUCAGCUUUCUGAUGCCACUGUUCCUAGCGAUGCUACCGCUGCCGGCGGUAGUGUUGAGACAUUCUCCCGCAAUUGCCGCCAUUUUACCGCUGGUGCUGUCCAAAAUUGCCCUAUGGAGUUCUUCCUUCGAUGUGGUCAAGACAAUCCUCAGCGGUUACCAGCAUGCUCGAAAUUUCGCGGCCAACUUUGGCAUUUCCGCACUGAUCGAGAACGAAUGGCAACGGUUGAAUGUGCCGUGCGUACUGAGGGCAUUCUGGACGAUCCGGCUGACCGAACAGCUGAUCAGUAUGCUGCUGAACUCGGACGUUCCACUCAGGUUCGCGGCAACAGUGCAAAGUCUACUGGUUAGCGGUUGUGAAACGCUGACCGCCGUCCUGGGGGUGACCAGCAUCAUUUCGCUGGUCUGCCACUAUAUUGGCAAAGCGUUUCAGCAUUUUCUGCUCUCGGAGGAUUACGACGAGGAUAAAUCGAUCGGCACGGUGUCCGCUAUUCUGUUCUACAUACUGGCACUGCAAACCGGACUAACCUCGCUUUCACCGGACAAACGGUUCGUGCGCUUGUGUCGCAAUCUGUGUCUGCUUAUUACAGCACUGUUGCACUUUCUGCACAACAUCGUUGCCCCGAUUCUGAUGUCACUCAGUGCGGCCAGGAAUCCGUCGAGAAAGCGCCAUGCUCGAGCUCUGAUGGUAUGCGCCUUCCUUCUGCUAACCCCACUGGGAUUGCUAAGCAUCCUGUGGACUCGAAACUCGCCUUCGACCUGGCUGCUAGCAGUCACAGCCUUUUCAGUGGAAGUGAUUGUUAAGGUACUGGUAAGUUUGGCGACCUACACACUAUUUCUGCUGGACGCACGACGGCAAACAUUCUGGGAAAAGUUGGAUGAUUACGUUUACUACAUCAGAGCGUUUGGAAAUUCGGUCGAAUUUUGCUUUGGAAUAUUCCUGUUCUUCAAUGGUGCAUGGAUUUUAAUCUUCGAAUCUGCUACCAUUCCUGUAGGCGGCGCGAUCCGGGCCUUGAUGAUGUGCAUCCACGCGUACUUCAACAUCUGGUGCGAGGCGCGAGCCGGCUGGGGUGUGUUCAUGAAGCGAAGGACAGCGGUGCAUAAGAUAAGUUCACUUCCGGAGGCGACUCCGCUGCAGCUGCAGUCGUUCGACGAUGUCUGCGCGAUUUGCUAUCAGGAAAUGACUUCGGCCAAAAUCACCCGCUGCAAGCACUACUUCCACGGGGUUUGUCUGAGGAAGUGGCUGUACGUGCAGGAUCGCUGUCCACUGUGCCACGAGAUAAUCAUGAACCAGGACGGAAAGAACGGAGAUGGGUCCGAGGACGACGGCACCGACGUUGCCAAUGAGGAGGGCCGUAACUUGCUGUCCCCGGGCAACGAAACACCGGCCAGUGCCUCGAGCUCUUCCAGCGACAGUUUGGCAGCGCUAGACACAUCGACCAUUGUGUCGAUUUCCGCCGGUUCCAGUAGCGGUAGUCGAAGUUCGCUAGCCGUCAGCGGCUUUCGCAUUUCGAGUUCCUCUACGGCGGCUACCUCUUCGUCUAGUACAUCGUCGUCCACGUCGGUAACAGCGGCGGCGGCAAUGGCGGCGACAUCAGCGAACAGCACUACGACGGCGUCGCCGAGCUCGGACACGACAGCAGUCACCGCCGCUGCCCUGUCCCAUAUCAUACGACAUCACCAUCAGCCGCGAUCCUCCGUCGAACGGGACUUUCUUGACGAUCUGGAGUGAACUCGUCCCGGCUCGAUUCAAGGUACGCGAAGCGAACCGCGAAGGGUUGUGUGUUGAUUAGUGGGUAGUAGUACUAGUUGUUUAUGUUGUACUAUUUUCCUCCCCUGUCUGUGUGGAUAUCUUUCAGACUUUCAAUGGACAGUUCUAUCCUAUGGGGUUCUGUAUGUGUAGCUUGGAUGUUUUUUUUCUAUAACUCACUGAUGAAAUCAUGAUGGGACAGUCUGCAUACGCCAGGAAGAUUCGUAUUAGUCUAAUUUGGGAGAUUGCCGGGAACAUAGUGGAGAAGGUGAAAGAAAAAAAAACCGAAUCAGCAGCGGCAAGGUACAAACAACAACUGGUGGAGGGGUAAAGGGUUAAAUUGUUGUGUUGUGUAAUUUUGAUUACGAACUGUGGCCGGAAAAAUCAUGACUUGAUCGAAUUUUCUCUGCCGCACUUUAUGUCACCUGUAUCUAAAUUACGUAAAUACAAUUUCCCUUGUGGUUGAAUGUGGCUAUGGAUCUGCUUUUGGCCAAUCAAGCUUGUUGGAUAACGCGCAACUUAAUUUCCCCAAACCGAUCGAUUGUUGGCUUUUCCCGUUUUCCCCCCUAUUACAUACAACUCUUGCUGUCUGCUGAUGAAAUUGGCAAAAAAAAAAUGACGAACGUAGCUGCAAGUGAUACUUACAUCUGUCUAAUUUAUGUUUGUUUUUUAUCUUUAUUUUAAAACAAAAUACUAAAGUAAUGUAAUUACCUGUGGGUGGGGCAGCAUAGUCAAAUUAAAUUUCUGCAGCAUCGUGUCGAACAAAAAAACAAAAAAAAAAAAGAAAUGCUAGCCAAAUGUGCAUUUUUCUUUCCCUUUGUCGAUACUCCAUUGAGUCCAUUAAUUAGUUGCUAUUUUUGUGAGAAUGUAAAAAAUAUGUAAAUAUGAGAAUCAUUGACUUCAACAGAUUAGACGAAGUCAUGUAGAGAAACCAUGUGCAAAAAGAAAAAGAUCAAUUUACAUGCAAAAUAUAGACUAAGUUCUUAUUU